AGAAAAUCGGGCAUUCCUUUCAUUGGGUAACCAAUUGAUUGACAUCUGAAGGGUGUUAGGGUGGCCUAGAACAAAAGUACCGAUUAGUAGAUUAGUACAACUGACGAGCAAACCCAACUCUACAUAUUUCUACAAGUCAACCACAGAAAAGUAAGAAAUUUGUUUGUAAUUGUCACAAAAAUUCCUUAGGAAAAGUAAACAAAAACAUACUUCAUUUUAAUUUAUGAAAUCUUACAGAGGCGAUGGAUAACAAUUAUUAAUGAGUGUAUUCCAUAUACCAUAAAGCAUCGCAAUGCUACUGUUAUGCCCAGGUCUAGUAAAUGCCGUGAGUGGGAGAAAGAGAGGAGGAAUCGUUUUAACGAAGCACUCACAAGUUUGGCUAAAGUGUUGCCAAAUUAUGACCCAACCGUGAAUCUCGCAAAAUUAGACAUACUUCAUAAAGCAAAAACCACAAUAGUAGAACUGCAAGCCCAAGUUGCUAGUACCGGAGAUGCAGAAGAAAAGGAAGUUGUUAAGAAUAAUUUGAUCAAGAAAUUUCAAAACAGAAUCAGAGUGCUAUUAAGUCGAAAUGAACAGUUAGGCAACCUACUCAAAGAUGCUAAAAUUACAAUACCUAAGCAUUUGGAACCUAUCAAACUCAAGAAGAGUCUUCCUUGGUCUGGAAGAAUCAAGUCAGAACAAGCAGAAUACUUUCAAAAGAAAGAGAUGGAAAAAGAGAAUGUUACUCAGUCCAAUCAUAUCCAUACAAGGAUAAGGUGUAUAAAAAAACCACCCAAGAAAACAAAAACUCAGUCAUGCAAGAAGAAUAGUAUAAAUAAAGCAGCAGUUGGUCCUAAAUGUGUCCUUGUAUUACCUCAAACAAAAUAUGGGGAUGGAUCAAGAAGACAAAGAUGUUCCAUUGCUCUUUCUAAAUAUUCAGAUGUUACCAGUAUCCCAAAACCUGUUUGUAUAUCUGCCAAUGCUCUGUCAACACUUGGACCAGGCACAUUGAUUUUUCCCAAUGGAACUGCCUUACCAUUGGUGUCGCAAUCUCCCAUUUGUUUUCCUCCCACAGUUACAUUUCUUGCAAGUCCAGUACCAACCCUCCAGUUGACAACAGCCAAAGCUUUACAAAAAGUACCACAACUUCCCAUAAAACAAACAAUAGGUGUGAGAAAACUCACAAGACCGAUCAUCUCAAACAUCUGUCUGACAACCACAACUCAGGUAAAUAAAGUUCCUAUACCUGCUUUGAGUACCAAUUAUACAAACACAGUGUUGUUAAAAAGUGCCCAGAAAACAGUUACAAAAUCGAUUUCUGAAAGUAAUAAAAAAUGUUUCAAAAGGAAAGCAGUUGAUGUGUCUACAGAGUCUUCAAAGAAAGUUAAAUCUGAUGCAACUCAUACAGAUAACAAUGCAACGGUAAAAGGUAUAUCUGUCACUGACAGUACUUCAGGUUGUAGCAAUAAUUGCAAUAACAACACUGAUACAGAAAAAAGUCAAAAUAUAGAAACAGUGGCUGUCACAAAGGCUUUAUCUGAGAGCUGUAAUAUUGAUGUUAACAAAGGUAAAAUACUUGAGAUCAAAGCUAAUUCUUGUGAUGUACCUGUCACCAGUAGUGAUAAACUAAUUGAUAAGCAAAGUCAAGUAUCUGAUCUCCAGCCAAAUAAUUUAAAUAUUUUGAAAGAUACACAAGUAAUGGUGAACUCUCAGUCUGUUAUUGGUGGAGAGUCAGAUGUUAUUGGAAAAAAUAGUGAACUACUUCCUGCAACCAAUGUGAGAAAGCUAGAAACAGAUACUAGGAAUGCAUCAUUGGAGAACAAUGUUAUUUCUAGUGCAGAAGGUUCUAUUAAACCUAUAGCAUCAAGUGCAAAGGAUAUUACACAAAAUGGAGUAACACAAGAUGCAAAAACGGAUCAUACCCAUUCUGAACUGUCUAAUGACAUUUUUGGCGCGUUAGCCGCGGGAGCGAGCUGUCAAAAUCCUGAAUCUACUUCCCCUACUGCUGCAUUUCUGAUGACAUUUCCUCUUGUAUCUUCAGUCAAAGCGACAGAGGUGACAGAUGAAGAAAAUGCUGAAGGUCAUGAUACUGAGAACCUAUUACAAACUCAUAAUAUAGAUGCAAAUAAAACAUCUCUGCCAGACAACCUGGCUAACAGUUUGCUAAAUCUGGAUACAUUUUCCUUUUUUUCUUGCUCAAAUUUCUUGAGUAAAUGCAGUACUGCAUUAGGUAAUGAGAAUGCUAGCAACAGCAUUACUCUCAGUACUGUUAAGAGUCCUAUUUUACAAACAGAUUUUUCUGCGAUAGUAAGCAAGGAUCAGGAAGAGAUCAAGAAACCUGCUGCCAAUGAAAACAAAAGUUCACAACAGAUACAAUGUCUUGAUGGGCAUGAGAAACAUAGUAACACAACCAAAGACGCAGCACUGGUAGAAAAGUCUGCCAGUGUAAAACCGGACAAGCCUGCAGAUUUUGGUCUCUCUAAUCAAAAUGUUGCAGAUAAACACAAAGAAAAUACUUAUAAUCUUUUUGGAAGAAACAACACAGAUAUUAAAAACAGAAGCAAACUAUUGCCUUAUCAUGAACCUAUGCAAAAUUCUUCGCACUUGGAUAUAAAAUGUAUUGGUACAUCCAAUAACAAAAUUAAAAUAGGAACGGUAGAUGUCAACAGUUCAGAAAAGAGCACAUCUAAUGGAGUGUCAACGCCAAAUUUGCAUGAGCAAAGCUCAAAAGAUUUGAGUAUUUACUACAAUGAUUUGAGUGGUUUAAAUGUGAAUAAUAAAGAAACAAACCACUCGAUCGUGGCUUCUAAUGGAAAUAAAAAUGCAUCUUCUGGCAAGUCUCAUGAUGAUACUGCUGGAAAGAAUACCAACUUUAAUAAUUCACCAUUUCUAUCCCAUAACGUUUUUGAGCAAAGUGUCAAAGAUUCUUAUGCAGGAAAAACAAAUGAUAAUUUAGAGUCUAGAGGAAUAAUCGAGUCCUCUCAAGUCUCUCAGGUAUUGCCCAAUGUUGGUAGUUAUACUUAUGCAAACAAUUGGAAUUUACCUAAAUCUGAUCACAAGUUAUCUGGUGAAAAAAAUUCUGUCUUUUAUCUGCAAUCUGGUCAAAUUGCUCUAAAAUCUUCAUAUGGCUGCAAUGUUCCUGAUAGCAUUAAAUAUACCAAUUUGGUGGAAUCUCAUCCCAAAGUAACUGUUUCUCAAAUUCAUAGUCAGAAUGAAAGUAACAUAUCCAAAAGUACAACAUAUAAUAAUCCAGAUAAAUCUGAUACAAAGCAGAUAAAGCCACAAGAAAACAUCCAAAUUUCUACAAAGACUUUGUAUGAUUUCAGCAGCUCAGAAGCCAUGACAUAUAUCGAUCCUGCCAGAUCUAAUAUGACAUUUUGUGCAGAUAAAAAUACUUUUUCAGUCUCACAACAGCCAAUGUUCGAUUCAGCUAAAUAUAAUACUAAUGUAUCUGGUAACAAAUCAAAUGUCCCUUCUAACCAAGCUAGUCAACAUAGCAGUAAACCAACAUAUGGUUUUAAUGCGUCUGAUUCAACUACAUAUUUGUAUCCAACUAAUAUCUAUAACUCAAAAAGCCUAGGUAAUGUGAAAGAGUCCUACUUGGUGCAAAAUAUGCCAGCAAUAUCUAAACCUUCGCGUGAAUAUAGCAUUCUUCCAACAAAUGGUGGUUUUGGUAGCAAUCAUUUUGAUAAAAUUACGAGCAGCUUUUGCAGUAUGAGAGGUACAAGUGCUACUGAGACAUUCGCUUUAAACAGUACUAGUGAACCAAACAAAUUCCCAGAAGUACGCGGUUCUAGGUUGCAAGCUAGUGCAGUGCAAGUUGACAGUUGCAGUACUAACCAAGACAAUAUACAUUGUGCUAAUAUUUUCGAGGAUAAGAAUGUUGCCGCAUCUAAACAAGCACCUGGACAGAGAGAAAAUAGAUUACAAUAUCCAUUGAAAACAAGUGACUUUGGGCAAGGCCAUCUGUAUAAUUACCAGCAGGUCACAGGAUCUCAAAGGAAAUCCGACAACAAUGCGCAGAUGACGGAUGUUAUGUAUCAGGAAAGUAUAUCGAGUGCUGUAAAUAACAGGCUUUCCAAUAAUAGCAACCAAAAUUUGUAUGACAAAAAACAAAAUUCACAUGGCUAUCAUGAAAGAGCGUCUAGCAAAGAUGAUAAACCAGGUACGUCAAACCAGGACAUGUAUGGUAAGAAACACACGAUGUCACGUGAUAAACAUAAUUCGAAAAACACUUCAGAUGACAUCUUGAAACAGCCAAACCAUGGAUUCCAUCAGCAUGAUAUUUGCUACAAAGGAAAAACAAAAACUGUACCUGAUAUCAGAAGUAUGGGUAAAGCUACAAAUGAUAUAUUUUCACCUCAAACUAGCAUAGAUGCUGGAAAUCAAUCUAACAAGGAUAUCAAUCAAAUUUCACAAUUAUAUAUGAUGAAUCUUCCAACUGGUUCCUGUCAUUAUCAAACUGAAGACACAAAAACUUCUUCUUACAUGAACAUAAACAAAACAUAUUCUGGUGCUUUGUAUACGAACUCUACCAACUAUAGUAAAUACAAUUAUACAACGGAUAUUAGUUUGAACGAGAAUUGUCACAAACCCACCACAUCAAAGCCUUUCGUUCAGGAUAAGUUAUUAGAAGCCGCUCCAAAUUUUGAUACCAAUAAGUAUUGUGUUAGUCCUGUUAAAAAAAUAGGUAUCGAGCUUAAAACUAACCCUUUCAAUCCUCCAGUGAACUGGAUGACGACAGCUGAUACUAAAACAGAAUGUUUUUUGCCACAAUUUUCUACCCCCUCUUAUACUUCUGCAUCUACAGAAGAUGCCAAGCAAUAUACAUGGUCCACAAACAAGUUUCCGAAUAUUUUUGAAGCUCCACAGGCUUUCGUUCCACACUCAGUGCCAUCAUUGCCUUUCAAUCCAUCGUCGUUGAUAGAACAUCAAAAACCACCAAAAGAGAAGAAGACGGUACAACCAGAAAACCAAAGCAAUUUUCUGUCUGUCAGUCAGUUGGUUGAUCAGAAUAAGAGUGAUUGUACUGCUACGCCAGCUAAAGUCACAGCAAGAAGAAAUAGUGGUAACAGGUCUAAAAGUACGAAUAUAAGUAAAAAUAAAAGAUCGAGCAAGACCGAGUCUGUUGAUAAGAGUGCGCAAAGUAAGCAGACUUCAGGGCUUGUUGUGAAUAAUGAAUACUGUUAUGAUCAAAAACAGACUAUCAAGAAUAGGAAUAGUACAAGCUACUCAGCGGAAGCUCUUAUUGGUAACCAGGGGAAUGAAUUUUCUAAAAAGUAUGUGCCUGUAGAAAGUAAAUCUUUAGUCACUACCAACUUCUUAGCCGACAGUAUGGUGACGUAUUUUCCAUCUAUGGAUGAUAAUUAUAUCUCCCAUAAUAAUUUCUCAACCAACAAUUUCUCUCAUAACUCACUUCAAAGUACCUCGUAUUCUGCUAACAACUUUUUGUAUUCUACACAAUCUGUAGCACCCACCCAUGUUCAUACCAAUGCUUUCGAAAAUCCUCCAGAUUUCUUAACAGAGAGUAUUGCAGAUAUGAAAGAUUUGAAUGCCAAGCACUCGAAGUUUUUUGCCAAAGAUGAGAAAAAUCCAAGUUGUAGUAGCAGCGGCGCGAAAAAAUCAAAGAAGAAACAAACAAAUGAUAGUACUUUUGAAGCAACAUUUCCACCUAUAAAUGACACGUCAAUGUUGAAUGAAGAUUUCCUACACAACACUUUCCUUGCUCCUACUACCCCUUAUCCAUGUAAGACAACCCUUUGCCAGAAACAGAGCAACGAGUUCAAUACUAAUUCGUUGUUGCCUUUGCCUGGGUUGCCACGGAGUUUUGGUCAGUCUAUAGAGUCAUCAUCAUCACUAAAUACGACUGGAACUUCUUUGACCAACUUCAAUUUGAGUACUAUAUUUCCAGAAAUUAAUAAGGCUUCUUUUAGCUCAGAAAAUAAAUACAAUUUUAACACGUGAGCAGCCGGUAGUUAUUCUUAUGAUGCAUAUAAAUUGUAUAAAAGCUGUAAAUAUAUGUAUAUUUUAAUAUUUGUACUCUAAA